UUGUCGAAUUUACCACCUCCAAAAAAAAAACAUUUACUUUACCACCUCAUAAAAAAAUUAAACAUCAGUUUUACCACCUCAUCUGAGCUCAGGUGACGGAAAACGCUUGUGGGGCCCAGUUAACUGUCACUUCCCUCCAAUUUAAUUCUUUUAAAAUCGAUUUCCCUCUGUCUCCUCCUUUUCUCACCUUCCACCUUCCAUAAUCAAUGUCUCACCAAAUUUCUCACUUCCUCAUCAAUUUUCGUCUCUCUCUCCUUUGAUUUUUCUUGAUUCUCACUGUAACUGCUUCUCUCUCCUUUGAUUUUUCUCUUUCUCUCUGUAAAAACUGAAACCCUAGAUCAAUUUGGGUGGUUGAAAUCGAGCUGGAACCACAAAAUUGCAACACAUCAGCUUCUCUUGUCAUCUUCCACAGUAUGAGGGGACCAAAAGCUUGGUAAUUUGCUGACAGAAAUCGAGAUUCCUGACUACAAGAGAAUGGACACAGUGGACUUAAAAAUUACAGUAGGGGGUGCCUUUAUACCUUCUUUAGCUGGUAAAAAUAGAAGGGUGUUAACUUGGGAUGGUGGGUGGGUUUAUUGGAUGAGAAAAGUGGAAAAAAAUAAGAUAGAUGUACACUUUUUGAGGCAAGCAGCUAUACAUGGGUUUGUGUAUGUGAAUGUGAAGGUUCCUAGGGGGUUUAGUUGCUGGUAUAAACAAAAGGGCAAGUCUUGGGUGAAUGGUAAAAGGGAGCUUGUUGAUGGUGAGGUGAAUGGUUUCCUAGAGUCUGUGAACAAAGAGGGGGCAUGUGAGAUGUAUGUUACCAGUCAUGAGCCAAUUGAAGGGACUAACAAAACACCCUUCAAAUGUAUAGCUGGGAAUGAGCUAACCCCUGCACAAAGGAAGGAACUGAAAAAGAGGUUUGGUGGGCCUAAAGUGCAAGAAGCCAAAGGUGAUGAAACAAUGCAAGAACUGUGGUGGGUUUGGCCACUUUGCCAAAACAUGCAAGGCUGAAGCAGCACCAGAACAGCCUAACCCACCUGCAACAAAUCCAAAGGGUGGGAGGCCACAGAUGCAGACUCCUUGGCUUAAGGAACAGAGAAAGAAAAGUGAAGAGAAAGCAGCAAGACAGGUUUUUUGUGUAUUUUGUGACUUGAGUGUAUUUAGUGGCUUUGUUUCUGAGUCUUGUCAUACUGUGAUUGCAGGCUACACUGAAGUUGCCACAAUAUCAGCCUCCAACAACAGCACAGGCUGGGUCAAGUAAUGCUGCACCUGCAACUGAUGUGUCAAGCCAGCCUGCAACAAGAACAGAGCCUUUGCCAACUCAGCCUGUUACCAGGAGCAACAGGAGCCU